AUGACCGACUACCCUAUCGAUGCGGCGGUGGAGAAUGAUUCCAGUGGAUCAAAUAUUGCAUCACCUCGCUCCAGCACAGAUUCCCGGACUGCUUCUGUGGGCAACCGAUCUCUCCGACUUUCAUCUCACGCACCCGGUCACCAGCACCGCCAAAGCAUGAGCGAAAGCCUUCGCGGAACUCCUGGAUCUCCAAGGGCUCGACGACAACCGUCGCUCACCCAGUCCGCCAUCCAGAGCCUCAUUGAUAAUCCUCCGGCUCCAAACAAUGUCAACUCUGCAUUUGCCGGUCGCGACUGGCGGGAAAUUCAGAUUGGCGAGCUCGUCAGUCCGAACGAUUUGAAAUUCGUGGAGCUCGAUACCGGGAUUGAAGAAGCGACGAAUAUCUUGAUCGAUACCGCAGCUCCGGUACUCUUGAUCCGAGAAACGCCUGACCAGAAGUCUGCCGUGGGCACGUUCGACUACUCCGACCUCAAUGCAUACCUUCUGUUGGCAGCAGGACUGACGCAACCCGAUGAAACGUUAUUGGCAUCGUACGAAGAACUAGCUCGAAAGGCGAAACAAGGCAUCAAGAUUCCGCUGAAGGAUGUCAAGGAUCUUGGCAGGAAGGAGCCGCUGACAACGCUUCCUGCAUCAGCCAACGUGAUGACGGCCGUGCAGACUUUCGGAGGAGGCGUACACCGCGUUGUGGUAGUCGAUGAACAGAAGGACAAGGAAGUGGUGGGCAUCUUCAGUCAGUACCGGCUGGUCAAGUUUCUCUGGGAGAACGGACGUAGCUUCCCGGUGAUUGAUCAGCUGUAUCCCCAAUCCUUGCAUGAGCUGGGAAUUGGUUCGCGCGAGGUCAUCUCAAUCAAUGGGGACCGGCCGCUCUGCGAAGCCCUCCAGGUCAUGAAUGACGAGGGGGUUUCAUCAAUCGCCGUGGUGGACAACCAUUUCAAUGUGGUGGGCAACAUCUCAACAACCGAUGUUAAGCUACUCACCCGGUCGUCCUCACUCCCACUACUGCGCAACACCUGCACGCAUUUCAUCUCCGUGAUUCUGUCUACACGUGGCCUGGAAGAGGGCAAGGACUCGUUCCCAGUGUUCCAUGUAAACCCGACUUCGACUCUAGCACAUACCGUGGCCAAGGUGGUUGCGACCAAGUCUCACCGCCUGUGGGUCACCGACCCCCUGUCGCCCGCCUCGUCAGGGCCUCCGACCCCAUCCCAUUCUUCCGUGCACAUCCCUCUACCGACGACUACGCAAUCUCCGCCGCAGACCCCCGCGAUCGGCAGCAAUCCGAGCCUACAGGCCCCGAAUUUCAGCUCUGCGCACCUGCCCAGCCCGCCCCAGUCUUUCCUCGGCGCGACAACCAUGGUGCCAUCGAUCCCUGCGUCCGCUCUGCCGGGGGCGCGGCUCUCGGGACGCCUGGUGGGGGUGGUGAGUCUGACGGAUAUUCUGAACCUGCAGGCCCGGGCGAGCGGGCUAAGUCCGGCCGAUCCCGCGGAGAGUCGGAGUCGACGUCGCCGGAGCAGCAGCUCGAGUGUAAGUGUGCGACGCAGUGGGGAGAUUGGGCGGGAGUUGUUCAGUGGGCGGAUUGUAUAG